AUGACUGUGCGCCAGUAUGCUGCAAGGUUUGGGGAGUUAUCAUGCUUCGCCGCAUACCUUGAUGAGGAGAAGAAGGCCAGGAAGUUUUUGGAAGAGUUAUUGCACAAGGCGAUGCUAGUUGAGCAAAACCUCAAGAGAGGUGUUGAAUUGCAAGAACAGAGAAAGAGAGCUACUCCACAAGGAUUCUUUAGUAUGGAUCAUGGGCCAUGGAAGAAGAGAAAUGAGGUGAGCAGCUCAAGCCAGAGACAGAUUCAGGGAAAUCAUACAACUAACCCCUAUAAGUUCUAUAACCGCGUGCAUGUUGGAGAGUGCAGAAAGGAAGUGGGGUCAUGUUUCAGAUGCAGGAAGGAUGGUCAUGUCAUUAGAGAACGUCCAUUGCUUGCGGAAAAUAACAGAAAGCCCAACCCAACUCAGAGCUUUAGGCCGAACAACCAAGGCAACAACCAGCGGAGGACUGUGCCGGACUACUUAUAUUUUUAUCUGUAUGGAUUAUAUGAUCGUAAACACAAGAAAUAUUCCCCUUUUCUCAAUAAGGCUAUUGUUUUAUUUGACUCGAGGGCUACCCACUCUUUCAUUUCAAUGGAUUAUGUCAAUUUUUGCCCCAUUGAAGCUAAAAAGAUGGAUUACAAUUUGAUGGUCUCAACCCCAGCAGGAGAUACAGUGACCUGGAACAAGAAUUUGUUCAAGUGUCCAAUAACAAUUAGCAGGAGCGAAAUGCCAGCUAACCUGAUAGUCUUUCCUAUGAUUAGGUUUGAUGUGAUAUUGGGAAUGGAUUGGUUAGCUUCCAGUUAUACCAGUAUUAACUGUUUUAAGAAGGAGGUGGUGUUCAAAUUUUCGGAGGGAGAGGAGCUUCGGUUUAUGGGUUCUAGAGUGCAUACCUUUCCGUCAGUUAUAUCUACUUUUCAGGUUUGCGAGUUAAUACGCGAUGGGUGUCAAGGGUACUUGGCCUACGUGGUGGAUGAACCAAAGCAAGAAUUGGAGUUAGAGGAGAUUCCUACUGUGAGAGAAUAUCCGUAG